AAACACUAAACUCACUUCUUCCAAACAACAAGCCUUUCGCAGCUUUGUUUCAAUCAAAAUGGACAGCCUCAAAUUUAGCCCUGAACUUCAAGAGAACUCUCCCAACACUAUUAACCCUUUAAACCUCGAGGAGUUUAGAAGGCAAGGCCACAUAAUGAUAGAUUUCAUAGCUGAUUAUUAUCAAGAUAUUGAAAAAUACCCAGUUCUGAGCAACGUUGAGCCUGGUUACCUUCGAAAAUGCUUACCUGAUUCAGCUCCACAUUGUCCAGAGCAGAUAGAAACAAUCCUCCAAGAUGUCCAGAAGCACAUAAUUCCUGGCAUAACACAUUGGCAAAGCCCUAACCACUUUGCAUACUUGCCAGCAGGUAUCAGUACGGCAGGAUUUCUUGGAGAAAUGCUCAUCUCUGGAUUCAAUAUCGUGGGAUUCAGUUGGGUGGCUUCACCAGCUGCCACUGAGCUAGAGUCCAUAGUCAUGGAUUGGCUUGGACAGAUGCUUAAGCUUCCUUCUUCCUUCCUUUUCUCUGGAAAUGGCGGGGGUGUGAUACAAGCGACUACAUGUGAGGCCAUCUUGUGCACAAUAGUAGCUGCAAGAGAUCAAAUGUUAAGCAAAAUUGGGAGAGAGAAGAUAGGGAAGCUGGUCGUUUAUGCAUCAGAUCAAACUCACAGUUCACUAGAGAAAGCAACUAAAAUUGCUGGCAUCCACCCUGAGAAUUUUCGAUCCAUCAAAACAACCGAAUCAACAUCAUUUGCACUAUCCCCAGAAGCAUUAAAAAUGGCCAUUAGCAAGGAUAUAGAAGAUGGAUUGAUCCCACUGUUUCUCUGUGCCACGAUUGGGACAACUGGAAUUAAUGCUGUUGAUCCCCUGGGGCCAUUAUGCAACAUAGCUAAAGAACAUGGCAUUUGGGUUCAUGUCGAUGCUGCUCAGGCAGGAAGUGCUUGUAUUUGCCCUGAGUUUCGACAUUUUCUUAAUGGCAUAGAGUGUGUAGACUCAUUUAGUCUCAAUGCCCAUAAAUGGUUAUUCACCAAUUUGGACUGUUGUUGUCUCUGGUUGAUAAACCCAAGUGCUCUUACAAAGUCUCUCACAACAAGCCCUGAGUAUCUAAGCAACAAAGCAAGUGAAUCGAAGAAAGUUGUGGACUAUAAGGAUUGGCAAAUAUCCUUAAGUCGAAGGUUUCGUGCCAUAAAGCUAUGGCUUGUCCUGAGAAGCUACGGUGUGGCCAACCUUAGAAACUUCCAAAGAAGUCAUGUAACGAUGGCCAAAUCAUUCGAAGCGCUCGUGCGUGGUGACAAAAGGUUUGAGGUGGUGGUUCCUAGGAACUUCGCCAUGGUAUGUUUCAGGAUGGUGCCAUCAGCAUUUGGUGCAGGUGUGGAGCUAGACUCUGCAAAUAAGUUGAACCAGAAACUGAUGGAGUUGGUCAACGCCUCAGGAAAGGUUUACAUGACUCAUUCUAUGAUUGGGGAGAUCUUUGUUAUUCGAUGUGCAAUUGGAGUCACUCUGACAGAGGAAAAACACGCCAUCAGGGCUUGGAAGGUGGUGCAAGAGACUGCAAAUACCAUCCUUCAAAUGUAAAAGGGAAAAUCACCACUGGCACCAUCUUAAGUUGGCAUCUUGGGAUGAUCAAAGGAAAAGCAAGUCAGUGGUCCGUUAUGUACCAGUAUUAAAAAUAAGUUAUAGCGUGUGUGAGUGUGAGAGAGAGAGAAUAACCAUGGGAAUAAAACUGCCGGAAGUAAAGGCAAAAAAGUUCUAAAAAAUUUCUAAGUUUGAUUUUAUUAGCCUCCUAAUUCUGAUAUCUGCUGGAAUAAAAAAGAUCUUCAUUCCCAAUAUACUUUCUUUUCUGAAAGAAUAAGAGAAGGUGAUAAGAAACUAUUUAAGGCUAACCAUGCCAGGUCUGAGAGAAGACUUCUUUAGGUAAAAAUUCAUAGCAUUGCAUUAAAUCAUUUGUGGCUGCAAACAAAAAAUUUAACUUGGUAUCAUGGUAUGUGACGUCUUAAGGUAACAGAAUGGUAGUCCAGAAACUAUUAAACAGAGAAAUUUUUC